CUAUGCAGACACUAAAAACAUAAAAAUAUAUCUAAAACUUGUUUGCUUUGUUGUUACAACAUUUUUAGAUAGUACCCAAAUCAAUAUUCUUCUGCUAGCCAAUAUUAUUUUUCAGUCCCCAUAGUAAAAUGGCAACAACCACACAAUGCAUGUCCACUAGCCUCAUCGACAGCAAGGCUGUUCCGCGGCAAUCAGCUGCCGCGGCUUCCUCACAAUGUGUCACUCUCCCAUCCCUCCCACCACCACCGCUUCAGCAGCAAAGCCGUGCUUGGAAGGCCACUGGAUACUGUCGAAAGUUAGUGAGGAAUGUUGCUGCCAUGGCUAGUGGAGCAGAGGCACCUACUGAGGUCGCCGAGGUCGAUGGCCCUGAUGUUCAAGAGCUCAUUAAGCCACUUCAAGAGGCGUGGGACAAAGUGGAAGAUAAGUAUGCAGUAAGUAGUCUUGUAGUAUCAGGAGCGGUUUUACUUUGGGGUUCCACUGGACUUAUCUCAGCAAUAGACAGGCUUCCCCUAGUUCCAGGUGUUAUGGAGCUUGUUGGAAUUGGUUACACAGGGUGGUUUGCAUACAAGAACCUGGUUUUCAAGCCUGAUAGGGAAGCUUUGAUAGAGAAGAUUAAAUGCACAUACAAAGAUAUUAUUGGGAGCAGCUGAUUUGGGAACCGGAAAUAGAGUGCCUUGAUGAUUUAAGUAUCGGCCCGAGGAUUUUAUAUCUAUGUAUAUUUUACUUCAUUUUCAUUUUUCCUUUUAAUUCCAUAAUAAACUUUUUAACGGGAGAAACCAUGCGAUGAUGAACAUCUUGUGAAGGCAUCUACAUGUAAUUCAUAAAUUUCAUCUUUUGCUUUGGUCAAA